AUGCAUGCUCCGGUGUCUUGCGGUGCAGCACUCAAGCCAUACAUCUCGGCGACGCGUCUGCAGGUCCCGACGCGUUCGUUCUUGACACACUCUCCCCCUUUGAUGGCACCGGAGUCCUCAGGAGAGGCCCCCAAGCCUACGAAGUCAAGAGCUCGCAAACCCAAGACCAAGGCAGAGGCCAAACCAGAAACCAAACCCAAGACCAAAGCGAAGAGAGCCACGGAAGCGUCCAAGACCGAGACCAAGAAGCCACGUAAAGCUACACCCCGACCGAAGCGAAUCUCGCGAGCCGACAUGCCACCUAAGCGGCCUGGCGGCGCCUUCAUACAGUUCCGUUCGGAGCGUGCCAAGUUGUUGCCUCCGCACGCGACUCCACAAGAGCAAGCCCAGCAUUCCAAAGUAUCUGCCCGGGAAUGGCUAGCCUUGGACGACUCUGUGAAGCAGUCGUACAAGGAGCGAUACAAGGUAUUGCGCGAAGAGUGGAAGAUGCGUAUCAAGGAGUACAUCGAGAACCACGACGCGAAGACUUUACGCGCGGUCCAACUUAAGAUGAAGACGAAGGGCCCUCGUCAGGGCCAUGUGUUGCGUAAUCCAAAUCGGGUGCAGCAGCCGUGGAACCCCUACCUCCGGUUUUGUGUGGAGCAUAGAGCUAGCGUCAAGCUACCUCAUCAAGAAGGCAAGGCUUUGAUAGAAAAGAGCCGAAUCCUAGGAGAGAGAUGGCGGGCAUUAUCUGACGAGGAGAAAGCGCCUUAUGUUAAGGCAUGCAAGGAGGACUGGGUACAGUACAGGGCCGCCAAAAUCGCCUCCUCGCCAACGGCCGCUUCCGAUUAA